UGGCUGCCUGUGCGAUACCCGGAAGCACCUGCCCCGCGGCUGGAGAGCGCACGUGGUUCCCGGCCUGGAGGAUGGAGGCCGCCGCCGGGGCUGGGAAGAAGAAGCUGCGGCGCUACUGGGAAGCUGAUGCUGACCCUCCCGCCAAGAAGCCUCGGGAUGGGGGGCCUGGGGCCCAGGGCCCCUUGGCAGCCACGAAAAAGAGGGUCAAGGGCCUCCCUGCUUCGACGAAGGGGGCCACGGGGUCCCGAGCAGCUGCCAAGAAGGGAAUCAAGGGCUCCCCAGCUGCCAAGAAGGAGAUCAAGAAGUCCCUAGGGGUCCCCAAGAAAGGGGUCAAAAAGUCCCAAGUGGCUGUGAAGAAGGGGGUCAAGGGGUCCGCAGCAGCUGGCAAGAAGGGAGCACGGGCAGCAGGAGCCAAGAAGCGGAUCUCUGGGAAGCAGGACCCGUUUCCUGGAGCCGCACCCAUCUCCUGGCACAAAGUGAAGAAAUUCCAGCGCGGGCGCAAAUCCAAGCUGGAGGAGGUGUCCAGUGGGCGGCUGCGGGGGCGCCUUGCAUCAAUGGAGAACAAGAUGGAGCUGGCAGCCCAGCAAGCGGCACGGGCGGAGCUGUUGCUGCCUGAGGAGCCUGGUUUCCUGGAGGCAGAGCCUGGUGAGGAUACCUGCACCAUUGCCCAGGCUGACAUUGCUGAAGCCGUGGAUAUCGCAAGUGCUGCCAAGCAUUUUGAGCUGACACUAGAACAGUUUGGGCCUUACCGAGUGGACUACACCCGCCCUGGCCGGCACCUGCUGCUGGGUGGCCGGCAUGGGCAUGUGGCAGCACUGGACUGGCAGAGCAAGACCCUGCUGUGUGAGAUCAACGUCAUGGAGAGCAUCGCUGAUGUAGUGUGGCUGCAUACAGAGACAUUGUUGGCGGUGGCGCAGCGGCGCUGGCUAUACGUCUACGACAACCAGGGCGUGGAGCUGAACUGCCUGCGGCGUUUCCACAGCGUCCUGCGCAUGGAGCUGCUGCCCUACCACUUCCUGCUAGCCACUGCUAGCGAGACGGGAUUCCUGCAGUACCUGGACUUCUCAGUGGGGAAGGAAGUGGCCACGAUCUGCACCCGAGGGGGGCGCCUGGGCGUGAUGGGGCAGAAUCCAGCCAAUGCCAUCAUCCACCUGGGACACAGCAAUGGCACGGUGACACUGUGGAGUCCCACUGUUAAGGAGCCACUAGUGAAGAUGUUGUGUCACCGUGGGGCCGUGCGGGCUCUGGCUGUGGACCACAGUGGCACGUACAUGGCAACAGCGGGGCUGGACCGGCAGCUGCGCGUGUUCGACUUGCGCACGUACCAGCCGCUGCAUGCAUUGGUGCUGCCCACGGGUGCUGGCCACCUCGCCUAUAGCCAGCGCGGGCUCCUGGCUGCCACCACUGGCAAUAUUGUCCAGGUAUAUCAUGAUGUAUCACAACAGCUGCCACGCAAGCCCCACCUGCAGCAUGCGCUGCCCCGGCCAGCCCAUGGCCUGCGCUUCUGCCCUUUUGAGGACGUGCUGGGUGUGGGCCAUGGCGCUGGCUUUACCAGUCUCCUUGUGCCAGGGAGCGGGGAGGCGAAUUUCGAUGCGCUGGAAAACAACCCAUUCCGGAGCCGGAAGCAGCGGCAGGAGUGGGAAGUCAAGGCUCUGCUGGAGAAGAUCCCAGCAGAGCUGAUCACACUGGACCCUGAGCAGCUGGGCCAAGUCGACACCAUUAGCAUGGAGCAGAAGCACCAGGAGCAGGUGGAGCGGUUGGGCUUCGACCCCCAGGCCAAGACCAAGUUCCAGCCACGGCACCGAGCCAAGGGGCGCAGCGGGGCAGGAGCGCUCCUGCGGCGCAAGAGGAAGGUGGCCCAUGAGGAGCAGCGGGCCAGUGUUCGGAAGAGCCAGGAGAAGAAGCAGAAGCAGCAACCGCAGCAGCAGCAGCAUAAGUCACCCAAGGUUGUGACCCCAGGUCAGAGGUCGGCGCUGGAGCGGUUCAAGAAAUAGCCCCCAGGUGGGGAAGAGUUACCCCCCAUGGGGGCCAGGAGCCAGCACCCCCUAUCGCCUCUCCCUUGCUGCCCUCCUUUUGUAUUAAAGCAGCUCACCAACUUA